UAUAAAAUUUCUGUCAAUCCGCUGCCGCUUGUUUUUUAUUGAAUCUCCCGCCGUUUUUGCAAUGAACAUGAGAAUAGUGUGCCCGUUUAUUUUUUUAUAGUGUAUUUUAAGGCGUUUUCAAUUCUCUUUUUUUGCAAUAUUUCCUUUUUCUUAAAUCAAAGUUUAAGAUGUCUGAAGGGGGCACGUCAAACGGUGUGUGUUUAGUGGAGGAUGAGGAUAUGGCACUUUACAAAAAAGAUGCCCUUAAUGUUGUAACCUUUAAUUAUAUUUACGAUUUAAAGACGCCAAACGACGUUACCUUUAAACCUGAAAUGGCUCAUCAAAUAUUUGGAGAAAGCGAGUCCAUAUUCGGAUACCAGUCCUUGUCAAUAACUUUAAACUAUCUCCACAAUUCAUGUAAAUGUUACGUUGAUAUAAAAACAUCCCGUAAAGUAAAAAACAACAAUAUUAAAGCUGAUAACAUCCUCGACACUCUUGGAAAGUGGCUCCCGACGAAUUUUACAGUUAGCCCGGAAGUUUUUUCAGAGUGGUACUCCAUCGAAGAUCACGAGAAGAUGUAUGGCAAUGUUUUAGAAAAAUUCCAAGAUCAAGAAAGGAUGCACAGGUUUGGCAUGGAGAAUGUUUUGGCCACUUACAAGAUCACGGAGAAUGAAAUAGUAGAUCCGUCUUUUAAAGAAUUUCACAGCAGGUUCGAAACUUUCAUAGUUUGGUUUAUUGAUGCUGCCAGCUUUAUCGAUUUGGAUGACGACAAGUGGUUGAUCUACUAUGUGUACGAAGAAUUCGAGCACCCCGUAUCGAAGAAAACCAUCCGUUCCCCAAUCGGUUUUUGCACCGUUUAUCGAUUUUUCGCGUAUCCCAACGGGAUAAGAGCCAGAAUCAGCCAAUUUUUCAUAUUGCCUUCGCAUCAGAGACGGGGCAUCGGAACGAAACUGUACCAAACAGUAGUAAAAGUGUUAAGGAGCAUGGACGAAGUGGUAGACGUAACUGUUGAGGAACCCACUUUGGCGUUUCAAAAAAUUCGCGAUCUGGAUGACUGCCUAAUGGUCCACAAGGAGUUACAACGUUUGAAAAAGGAAUUUUCCAUGUUCCGUCCUAAGCAACUGAUGGAACUGGGCAGAAGUUUGAAAAUCGGCAGGAAACAGUGCGAGAGGGUAUACGACGUUUUGGGGUGUUGUUACAUGAUCGAAAAGGGACCCUCUCACCACGAGAAGUUUUUGCAAGAAAUCAAACAGAGGUUGACUGACGAGGUUAAGAAAGACAGUAAACCCGGAAAACGUUUUUGUAACAAGGAAAGGUUGAGCCUGGCACUGCAUAUGGACAGGACGCCUGAAGUUGAGAUGGAAUUUAAAAAACACUUGGAAGAUAUUGAGCCUUCUGUGAAAUAUCUGCUCAAACGAUUAGGGAAGGAAGCCGCUUCUGACUGAUCCCGUUUUGUUCUCCAUCUUUCUGAUUAAUUUUCAUUUAAAAAAAAAAUAUUUAUUGUGUCUUUGAUGUCUUAAAAAAAAAGAAUACUGGUUCAUAAAGAGAUUUAUAAUUUAUAAACU